UUUUUUUUAGAUUUUGCUCGCUGUUGAAAAAUGGGAGAGAUAGAAGGAACAUACAGAGUUUUGCAGACUCCUGGCUCUCGUUUGGGUGUCCAGAAGAAUACCGGAGUGAGUACCUUGGAGCCAGGACAGAAUCUCACUACUGCAAUGGCGUUAUCAUCUGCCAAAACGCAUGAGAAGGAUCUACAGAUCAAAAUAAAGAUGUUGGACAACACAGUGGAAGUACUUGACAUUGAGUCGAAAUGCUAUGGACAGGCAUUGCUGACAGAAGUUUACAAGCAUCUGAAUUUGAUUGAAUCAGACUAUUUUGGAGUUGAGUUCCAGAACAUCCAGUCAUACUGGAUUUGGCUGGAACCUAUGAAACCUGUUAUUAAACAAGUACGGAGACCAAAGACUACAAUGCUUCGUCUAGCGGUAAAGUUUUUCCCUCCAGAUCCUGGCCAGUUGCAAGAAGAGUACACCAGGUAUCUGUUUGCAUUACAAAUUAAGAGAGACUUGGCAGAGGAACGACUAACCUGCAGUGACAAUACGGCAGCUCUUCUUGUCUCUCAUCUUCUGCAAUCUGAAAUAGGGGAUUUUGAUGAAUCAGAGGAUCAAGAACACCUUAAAACAAAUCAGUAUUUGCCAAACCAGGAAAGAAUUCAAGGAAAAAUUCUGGAGUUCCACAGGAAGCACGUAAUUGCUCGGAAACUGGAGAUGUAUGGUAUUAGAUUUCACCUUGCCUCUGACCGUGAGGGCACAAAAAUUAAUCUAGCUGUUUCACACAUGGGUGUACUAGUAUUCCAGGGUAAUACGAAAAUCAACACCUUCAACUGGUCUAAGGUCCGUAAACUAAGCUUCAAGAGGAAAAGAUUCCUUAUUAAACUCCACCCAGAGGUCCGUGGCCCAUACCAAGAUACACUGGAGUUUCUUUUGGGAAGUAGAGAUGAGUGUAAAAACUUCUGGAAAAUCUGUGUUGAAUAUCACACGUUCUUUAGGCUGUUUGAUCAGCCAAAGCCGAAGGCUAAAGCGGUGUUCUUCACCAGAGGGUCUUCGUUCAGAUACAGUGGACGAACGCAGAAGCAGCUAGUGGAUUAUAUUAAGGACAGCGGGAUGAAGAAAACUCCAUACGAAAGGAGGCACAGCAAAGCUAGAGUGUCUGCUCACACUUCAAACACAGAUGUGCCAAAACAGAGUGCCCCAUUCACUGAGGGCUUGAGAACCCCAGGGUCUCCUGCCUCAGCAACAGCCCCCUUCCAUUCAGUUCAUUCAUCGACCACUCCUACUACUGUCCUGCCCGUCUUUGCAGAAACCAGCCCUUCCUCUGUGGACCCCCGAGCACCAUAUACAAGGAUUCCAGAAAAAAAUACUGCAGCGCCAGCAGAAGAAACUGGGAGGAAACUGAUGCAGCAGCCUGGACCUUCCAUGCUCCAGUCAUUCCAAGGUGUUGGGUUUGGUAGUGUUGCAGGAAACUGUAACUCUGCUUGUCCUGUUGUUGAGAGUGGUCGUGGUUUAGAUCUAGAUGUAGAGAAGAGUAGUAAAGAGAGUAGGGUUGCUGUUUGUAAAAAUGACAAUGAUGAGGAUGACUUUACCACGGGUGUUUUCAUUGCUGAAAAAGAGCGUCAGCCCUGCGGUAGGGGUGCCCCUCUUUUCACAUUGACAAAUUCACCGUUACAGGUUUCAGAGGAAUUCAUUGAUGAUGACCCAGCAGAAAUUUCCUUUUUUGCUGGGGGAUCUGAGGCAUUUUCAUAUAUGUACAGUGGUUUAGAGUUAAAGGGCUCCGAUUUUUCUAAGCAUGCAUCAGAGUCACCUGGCUUAACUAAAGAUGUCCUGCAACAAAAUAUGGUCUCUUCUCAGUCAAGCCCUGACAGGUACUCAACAGAAGCAGUAGAUAUGAAUAUGGAAGAUGAGUUUGACUUUGAAGAAGGGAGCGAUUUCAAUGGUAAUGAGAGACCGUCAGAUACCUCAGAAUUGUUUGAGGUUAAGGCACAAGCGAGCAGAAUGCAAAGCCUUCUGAGCCCUUCUGAAACAAGUUCACUCAUAAACAACCGUUCUGAAAGCAGUUCCCUCAAUAAUUUGCCACUGAAUGGUACUUCAUCCCUGCACACGUAUAGUUCUGCUAAUCAUUCUGAGGCUAGUUCUAUGGUGAAUUUCCCAGCCUAUUCAGUUCGCUCUGAGUCCAGUUCAGCCUUUCAGUUCACUGACAUUAUUGAUCAGCUGGAACAGCUGAGCUAUCCACCCACCACUACAGAAGACUCUAGCAGUACAGAUACAGACUCCUGGGACUCUGAAACUGCUGCUCCACUGGAUGUAAAUCUUUUCUUUAGUAAUCCUUUUGCUCAAGCAACUGGUGAGAACUUUACUUUUGACUUUCAGAACAAUUUAAAAAAUCUCACUCAAGAAGACUGGACAGAAAAGGCACAUGUCAAUCAUUGCCUCGCACUGGACCAUUCUCAGCUCUCUUCCUUCCCGUUGAAGAGUCCUCUGAGCUUGAACCCGGCAUUUCAGGAGAACUUGAACUCAGCCGGCCAGGGUUCAUCCCCUCUUCUGAGCCCUGUCCUGAGUGAUGCUGGUGGUGCCAGGAUAGAUGAUGAUGAUGAAAUGAAACGUAAGCGCUAUCCAACUGACAAGGCAUACUUCAUAGCAAAGGAGAUUCUUGCUACAGAACGGACAUAUUUGAAGGACCUGGAAGUUAUUACAGUGUGGUUUCGCAGUGCAGUCAUCAAGGAGAAUGCUAUGCCGGAGGGCUUGAUGACAUUACUCUUCUCUAACAUAGACCCCAUUUAUGAGUUCCAUCGAGGUUUUCUGAAGGAGAUUGAGCAAAGGCUAUCACUCUGGGAAGGAAGAACCAAUGCUCACGUGAAAGGAGAUUAUCAACGAAUUGGCGAUGUCAUGCUCAGGAAUAUGCGUACUCUGAAGGAGUUUACCAGUUACUUACAGAAGCAUGAUGAGGUCCUGACAGAACUGGAGAAAGCAACUAAACGCCUAAAGAAACUGGAAAUGGUUUAUAAGGAGUUUGAACUGCAGAAAGUUUGCUAUCUGCCACUCAACACAUUUCUGCUCAAACCCAUCCAGAGACUGAUGCACUACAAGUUGAUCCUAGGGAGACUGUGCAAGCACUACACAGCAGAGCACCGGGACUAUGCAGAUUGCCGGAAUGCGCUGAAGGAGGUCACAGAAAUGACGUCCCAGCUUCAACACAGCCUGAUCCGCUUGGAGAAUUUCCAGAAGCUGACAGAGCUACAGCAUGACUUAAUUGGCAUAGAUAAUCUCACAGCACCUGGUAGGGAAUUUAUCCGGGAAGGUUGCUUGUACAAGCUUACUAAAAAAGGUUUACAGCAGCGGAUGUUCUUUCUGUUCUCAGAUAUGUUGCUGUACACAAGCAAAGGUGUUACAGGGACAAAUCAAUUCAAAAUUCAUGGACAUCUUCCUCUGCGUGGCAUGUUGGUGGAGGAGAGUGAGAAUGAAUGGGCUGUCCCACACUGCUUCACAAUCUAUUCAGCACAAAAAACCAUAGUAGUGGCAGCAAGUACCCGUCUGGAGAUGGGGAAGUGGAUGGAAGACCUAAACAUGGCAAUCGAAAUGGCCAAGAAAUCUACUGAGAAGUCCGACGUGCUUCUGGAGAACUCAGUAUGCAAUCGUUCCAACAGAUCCUCUGAUGAGGUCUCUCUAGAACAGGAGUCCGAAGAUGACAUACACUCUUCUCGUAGCUCCUUGGACAGGCAGAGCCACCACCGUGCCAACACAACCAUGCACGUGUGCUGGUACCGCAACACAAGCGUCUCCAUGACUGACCACAGUGUGGCUGUUGAGAAUCAGCUUUCAGGAUACUUGCUGAGGAAGUUCAAAAAUAGUAAUGGCUGGCAGAAGCUGUGGGUCGUCUUCACCAACUUCUGUUUGUUCUUCUACAAAACGCACCAGGACGAUUAUCCGUUGGCUAGUCUCCCGCUCCUUGGCUAUGCAGUAAGCUCCCCCAUGGAGGCGGAUGGCAUUCAGAAGGAUUACGUCUUCAAGCUGCAGUUCAAGUCCCACGUGUAUUUCUUCAGGGCUGAGAGCAAAUAUACCUUUGAGAGGUGGAUGGAGGUGAUCAAGAGAGCCACCAACUCUCCAGCAAGAUCGAACCUGCUGCUUCCAAAGGAUGAGAAGGAUAGUCACACAGACUGAUGGGGGGCAGAGCUGGAUCUCUGCUAUAAACAUAAGUAAAAGAGGUGAGCGGAAACAGGAGUCCCUGGAGCGGACAGAGCAAAGAGCCAGGAUGCUCAUUUCCACCUCGUAUGGAAAGUGAGAGCGAGGGAGUUACGGACUUGGGAUCACAUCUGCUCCACAUGGUAUGGCGGAGGGUCAAGUCUGCUCCAGUUGAACCUACUUAGAGAGAACCUAACUGCAGAUCUCCGGUGAGCACACACUGUGGAAGGUACUUUGUUCCAGUAGUACCUAUUCUGUACCGUAAUACCCUUGCCGGCCCUGAAGGCAAAUGGCACCUCUUUUUACAUUGUGACUGGGUGGUCAGCAUAUACCAGAGAAAAAUAGCGGUUGUCAGUGGUGUGUUUGGCUCACAGCUGCUGGUGUCAGGCUUGCUGGCUCCCAGAAGUUCCCUUCCCCUGAUGCUCAGCGUGGCUGACUAUACAACUGCUGUCUUUCUUGCUGCUGUUAACGUCAACCUGCUGGCACAAUCUUCUUAGACUAACGGGGUCCACAGAUAUAUUAGCUUAAACACAGUUAAUUUUGAACAGAGACUGCAGCUCUCAUAGAACAAUUCUGCUCUUUGGAAACUGUCACGGCAACAAUUUUCCAGGGUAAGUGGGAAGGCUGAACCUCGAAGCUGUUGAGGUGUCAGUAGUGUGGGGUUGGUCCAGGUAGGGUGCAUGUUUUUUCCUUAGACCUGUGCUAUGUUGCAUGCUGAGAAGGUCAACUGCUAUUCUCAUAUUACAGCUCCAGUGUCUCUUCAUCCUGUAAUAGGUAUUAUUACUUAAGGCAUGAGAUGGCAAACACUCUGUCCACCCUUAUGUGGGUGAUGUUUUCAAGGCAUUUAAGCAAUAUUGGAGGACAAGCUCCUCUGAAAGUCACUGUUGCUUGUGCUUCUGUGUCACUUUAAAGACUUCUGAAAAAUCUCUAUUCUUACUUUUAAAUACGGGGUGGGAUCCAUCUUUCAUUUCAUGUGAAGGUGUAAAAGUCACUGGAUUCUAGAUGGAGCGUUAGUGUCUGUGGACUCUAUUAAAUCUCUAUCAAAUCUGAAGUGCUUGCUGUUUGUUCUAUUUUUGUAAAGCUGUCAUAUCUCAUGGCCCCCGCAGAAGGACUGAAAUAAGCUAAAAGCCACAAAAUGCUGUUAGACAUGGCUUUGAGGGGCUCUAGAGCCUCUCUUUACAUUUUAGAUAGAAAAUUAUUUGUGUACUAGAAGAAGGAACAAUGAACGUGUGUAGUGAAAGAAAAAGGGAA